UUUCUCCCCUCAAGAUCACAAAAAGAAAAUGCAAAACUCCACACCUUUCUUUCUCUUUCUUCUUUCUCUCUUAAUUUUCUCCACAUCAGCUCAGCCUGCAGGAAUCUCAACUGCAUGCAAAUCCACCCUUUACCCCAAAUUCUGCCACUCCCUUCUCUCCUCUUUCCGCCUCUCCCCGCCGGAUUCCGCCGCCUACGCCGCCUUCUCCGUCCACCAAUGCAUCAACCACGCCACCGCCCUCACCCGCUUCCUCCGCCGUCGUCACCCAAUGCUCGUCACCGCCGGAGAGAUUAGCGCGCUCGACGACUGCGCCCACCUCGCCGACCUCACCGUCGACUACCUCCGGGCCGCGGCGGCGGAGCUGAGGGCCUCCGACGACGAUCGGCCGGCGACGGGGAGGGUGGAGGCGCUGCUGAGCGCGGUGGUGACUAAUCAGCAGACGUGCCUCGACGGCCUCGCCGGCGCCGGCAGUGAAAUCGUGGAUGCUUUCAGUAACGCGUCGGAGCUUUACAGCGUGUCGUUGGGGCUGGUUAGGCCCGCGCUGGGAGUGGGACGGCGGCGGAAUGUUGCCGCCGCCGCGUUUGAGUGGGCGCGAAGCCCGAGCUUUGUGGCCACCAAGGUGUUAGAGUCAAGUGAAAGGGAAGGAAGAAUGGUUGAAGAGAUGGAGUGGUGGGAAAAGCUGGGGGUUAAGGUGAGGGGAGUGGUGAGGGUUAGUGGUGAUGGAGGCUUCAACUUCACCACAAUCGGAGAGGCCAUUGCACAUGCACCCAACAAAACCAACAUCGAAGACGGCUAUUUUGUGAUCUACGCAAAGGAAGGCUACUAUGAAGAGAACGUUGUGGUGGGGAAGCACAAGAAGAAUAUAAUGCUCGUCGGCGAUGGAAUCAACCGCACUGUCAUCGUCGGAAACCGCAGUGUGGCCGAUGGCUGGACAACCUACAAAUCUGCCACUUUUGCCGUUUAUGGGGAGCGGUUCCUGGCCAUAGACGUGACGUUCAGGAACAUAGCGGGUUCGGCAAAGCACCAGGCGGUGGCGCUUCGAAACAACGCCGAUCUCUCCGCCUUCUACCGCUGCAGCUUCGAAGGCUAUCAGGACACGCUAUACACCCACUCCCUCCGCCAAUUCUACCGUGACUGCGACAUCUACGGCACAGUAGACUUUGUGUUUGGCAACGCCGCCGCCAUUCUCCAGAACUGCAACCUCUAUGCUCGCAGACCCCUACCCAACCAAAAGAACAUCUUCACAGCCCAAGGCCGAACUGAUCCCAACCAGAGCACUGGGAUUUCCAUUCAUAACUGCACCAUCCAGGCCGCUGAGGGAUUGAACUCGACGCUCAGUUUUCUAGGGCGACCGUGGAAGUUGUAUUCUCGGACGGUUUUUAUGCAGUCUUAUAUCGGAGAUUUGAUCGAUCCUGCAGGGUGGUUGGCGUGGGAUGGGACGGAGGGAUUGGAUACGGUUUAUUAUGGGGAGUUUGAGAACUAUGGCGGCGGGGCUAAUACUAGCAUGAGAGUGCAGUGGCCCGGGUAUAGUGUGAUGAACGCUUCACAGGCUGUGAAUUUCACUGUGUACAAUUUUACAAUGGGGGAUACUUGGCUCAACUAUACUAAUAUACCUUUCUCUCAAGGCUUAUUGUAGGCCGGGAAGGGACAAAAUGUUUUAGUGCAAAUUGUAAUCUAAUUCUAAUGUAUACAACUCCUU